CCAAUCGAAUUUGGGUUCUUGCCUACCGUCACUACGGCAUCGAAUCUGGCCCGACCUACCGACAGACGUGCAGCGAUACGUCGUCUCGUGUGCCACAUGUCAACGCAUGAAGUCCUCCCGGCUUCAACCUGCUAGAUUGAUGCAGCCGCUCGAGCCACCCAGCCGACCCUUGCAACAAGUGUCGAUGGAAUUCAUCACUGGCCUGCCUGCUGGUCCAAGCGGUAAUGGCGCAAUCUUAGUCGUCAUUGACCGGUUGACCAAAAUGGCCCAUUUUGCAGCCUGCAAGACGACAAUUACUGCCGAGCAGACAAAGAAAAUGUUCUUCACGAACAUCGUGCGGCUACACGGCAUCCCCUCGGCAAUCAUCAGCGAUCGUAACCCACGCUUCACGUCCAACUUUUGGACAAAAACCUGGCAGCAAUAUGGCACACAUCAGCAUCUAGCCUCGGCUUACCACCCGCAAUCGAACGGUCAAGCUGAGCGCACCAAUCAGACGAUGGAGCAGCUGAUUCGCACGAUAUGCACAGACCCGGGCCAAUGGGAGGACGCCCUUCCGUUGAUCGAUUUUGCGUACAACAAUCCCCAUCCGCCACGACUACCCAGUCCCCCUUUUUCCUUAAUUACAUGAUAGAUCCGACGACCCCUCUAUCGUCA